GCAGCCAUGUCUGGUCGCGGAAAGGGUGGUAAAGGCCUCGGCAAAGGCGGCGCUAAGCGUCACCGCAAGGUCUUACGGGACAACAUCCAGGGCAUCACCAAGCCAGCUAUUCGUCGCCUGGCCCGCCGUGGUGGUGUCAAGCGCAUUUCUGGGCUAAUUUACGAGGAGACUCGCGGGGUGUUGAAAGUGUUUUUGGAGAACGUGAUUCGGGACGCUGUAACCUACACCGAGCACGCCAAGCGGAAGACUGUCACCGCCAUGGACGUGGUUUACGCACUCAAACGCCAGGGCCGCACCCUUUACGGCUUCGGUGGUUGAUCACGGCAUCGGCCGAGACAGACUUCGACAUCUUCUA